AGCCUACACCAAAACAACAUGUGGAGGAAGUGGCGAGGGUCCCUCUUUCUGCUGACAUGGGUUAUACUUCAAGUUUUAUGUACAGCUGUCUCUGGUCUGAGACACAAGACUGCCUGUUACAACUUCCUGUUGAUGGUCGAUCCUCCGUGUGCCGCUACAGAGAUGCUUCUUCCUACCAUGUUUACACUCGGGGUGUCCUCUGACGUCACAUGUCACAGUGAAAUAACUGGAACAAGCUUAGGACAGAAGGGAGUAGACGAAAUCAGACGUUGCUGUCAACAGCGUGAGAAUGAUACAGUGACAGAUUACUGCCUCCCUGCCAUGAAGAACCAACUCCCGGAUCACUACUACCUGGACUUUGUGAACACGUGCACGGCUGCUACAAGAUGUCAGCUAUCUUCACCUGGAGGUCGGGUAAUGGAUACUGCUGGUGAAGACUACGUAACAUUCACGUUUGAAUGUGUGCACAAGGACACGGUUCUGCACAUCCAACAUGAUUCUACACACACAGGACAGGAGGUGUACCUGUACAACGACCAACAUGACGGGGAGGCCCAUGCUAACUGUCUAGCAUACUCUCAUGAGUGUGACUCCCAUGUCAUAAUACAACUUGCUGCAACCAGAGUUGUGUCUCCCGCCUGCAGUGUUAACUUCACUGAUGGGGAUGUGUCAACCAAGGUGGAAUGUAAGAACCCACCUGCAUCAAGAAACUGUUCCAGCGCAAUGUUUGAGAGCAAGUCCAACUAUGUUAACAUGUCAAUAUUCAUGACAGUCGAUCCUGGACGUCAAGAAAAAGAAUUUCUGUGGAUGCGAGCGAAAUCGGAUACAGGUGAGAAUGUUACCGUCGUCUGUGGAGCCACCAUUCCUGCAGAUGUGUCACUGAACUGCCCAGCAUCUACAUCAACUACUACGAAAUCAACUGCUUCGGAACCGACACCGGUAGCGGUAACACCAUCAACUGGGCGUCUUUCCCAUCGCACUAUCAACUGACCUCUAGGCUGUGUCAUCAUAUUAUUCAUACAUCAGAACACGUCCCUGGCUAUAUCGUAACAUUUGGCAUACAGAUCAAUUCAGUAUUGUAUAGAAAUAACUUAACUUGUCUACUUAAUUUAAAAUUAGAAUACAUACAUAAUUGAAACUUCAUAAUGAAGUCCUAUGAGUGAGUGAGUAUGGUUUUACCCCGCUUUUAGCAAUAUUCCAGCAAUAUCACGGCGGGGGACGCCAGAAAUGGGCUUCACACAUUGUACCCAUGUCGGGAAUCGAACCCGGGUCUUCGGCGUGACGAGCGAACGUUUUAACCAGUAGGCUAUCCGACCGCCCCUGAAGUUCUAUGACACGCGUUUAUCAUUAACAUGCCAGUUAGCAGUGACGCAGCCAGGUGAUUCUUGAAGACGACGAAGCCGAUGUAAUUACUGUAUA